AUGUCGGACCGGGAUGGCGUCGCGCUUGCAUGUGCGCCCGAAUUCCGCAAGAGAGCUUGUGCCCACUCUCCGCCACACUCGUCCUCGCCGCACCGCUCCUUAAAUCCGCGCGUUUCCCCAUCCGCCCGUCCGCCCGCCUUCGCACGCCCCCCCUCCCCCAGCUACCACCCGCUGCCAGUGGUGUUCGCGGAGGCGCACGGCGCGCGCAUCACGGACCCCGAGGGGCGCGAGUACCUUGACUUCCUCUCCGCCUACUCCGCCGUCAACCAGGUGCGCGCAGGGGUGGAAUGCGCGGAGAGGGUUUUGAGAGGGGGGUCGAGACGAGGGGGCCACGGCAACGCGCGCAUACUGGCGGCGCUGCAGCAGCAGGCGGAGCGGUGCACGCUGUCGUCGCGCGCCUUCCACAACGACCGCUUCCCGCUGUUCGCGCAGCGCAUCACGGCGCUGAUGGGGUACGACAAGGUGCUGCCCAUGAACACGGGCGCUGAGGCCGUCGAGACCGCGCUCAAGGUGGCGCGCAAGUGGGCGUACGAGAAGAAGGGUGUGCCCGCCAACCAGGCGCUGGUGAUCUCGUGCUGCGGGUGCUUCCACGGGCGAACCAUGGCGGCCAUCAGCAUGUCGUGUGACAACGACGCCACGCGCGGCUUCGGCCCGCUGCUGCCCGGCCACCUCAAGGUGGACUUCGGGGACGUGGACGGGCUGCAGCGCCUGCUGGCGGAGCACGGCCCACGGGUGGCGGCGUUCAUAGUGGAGCCCAUCCAGGGCGAGGCGGGCGUGGUGGUGCCCCCGGAGGGCUACCUGCGGGCGGUGCGGCAGCUGUGCUCCCAGCACGGCGUGCUGCUGCUGGCCGAUGAGAUCCAGACGGGCCUCGCCCGCACGGGCAGGAUGCUCGCGUGCGACCAUGAGGGCGUGCGCCCUGACGUGCUCAUCCUGGGCAAGGCGUUGGGAGGGGGGGUGGUGCCAGUGAGUGCGGUGCUGGCGGAUGAUGACGUCAUGGGGUGUAUCCGACCGGGCGAGCACGGCAGGUGCGCUGUGAUGGCAGGUGCGCUGUGCGCAGCUUGUUUCUGA